AUGGCCGAAAACAAUGACCAACGUGACCAAACGGCCAGAAAUCUUGUCCCGUCCAUGUCGUUUCUGCUCCAGCAUCCCGUGACUGGAACCCGUAUCGUGUUCGAUCUGGGCAUGCGAAAGAAUCUGAAGGACUACCCUCCCGACAUUCAACCGCAUCUCAAAACCAGGCAACCCAUCCAUACGGAACCCGAUGUUUCUGAUUCGCUGCGCAAGGGUGCUUUAGGACCCGACGAUAUCGACGCGGUUAUUCUGAGCCAUGUCCACUAUGACCAUGUGGGAAACCCUAAGGACUUUGCUCGGGCGAAGUUCAUCGUCGGCCACGGGACUCGCCACCUUUUAGAACACGGUAUGAAGUACCACUCGGCGGCGAAAUUUGAGAAAGCUCUGCUCCCAGGCGAACGAACCAUUGAACUGGGAACUCAAAAGAACAAAAUGAACCCUCUGCCCAGCUAUGAUACAGAGCUUGCGCUUUCAAACACCCUACCAACACAAGGGCUUGACGCCAUAGUCCCGAAUGUCGACCAUGAGUGGCGGCCAGUCGGCCCCUUUCCCGACGCGGUAGACUUGUUUGGAGACCGGCUUGUCUACAUUGUCGACAGCCCUGGACACCUCAUGGGACACUUGAACGUUCUGACGCGAGUGGCAGAGAAGGGAUGGGUGUACCUUGCCGGCGACGCUUGUCACCACGCCCGGAUACUCGAUGGGCUGACGGACAUGGCUUCAUGGUCCGAGAAUGGGAUGACUGUCUGCAUCCAUGCCGACAAGGAAGUGGCAACGGACACUUUACGCAGGAUUCGAGAACUGAAGACGCAUGGAUUUGAGGGGAGUGUGGUAGAGGUUGUUCUCGCGCAUGAUGCGAAGUGGUUCUGGGAGCAUCAAGAUGCGAUUUGGCCGCGAACUCUCACAGUCACAUAA